AACAACCACUAUGUCAGCCGAAAUGUCAAGCGAACGUUGCCGAUCUCCAUCAAACACCAAUCCGACCACGUGAUCGAUUGCCUUUGAUUAUUUGGAUUGCUUCCCCCUUGGUACGACCCCCCUCUCUCGAGUCCGCAUCGAGCGCAACAGGUAAGUACUGUCUACUCUGACGAGCAUAGGUGAACCGCACGUGGGAACAACGGCUAUAAUAUUUGAUGCAUGCCUCAACCGCCUUGAACCGCACGUUGUGUCGCGUAGUCAUCAAGUUAAGGAGCCUGGUCGGGUGGCGGUGCUGCUCUAGGUUGCCUACCCACUAUCGUUCCCGAAUCCCCAUCCUUCAAAAGGUCUCUCAACUAUCUGGCGGCACGCAGGACCCUCGAGUUGAACCACAUCGGUCGACUCCAGAACUAUGCAUCACAGUAUUUCUACCUCGAAAGUCAUCUAUUCGAUGCUCCCAUACCAGCUCGGAGGCAGCCGACCACACGACAGGAAAACCUCUUCACCCCCACUAUGGCAUCCAUUCGUUCUGUCGUUAGGGCCAUCGCUGAUUUUCGGCCUCGUUCUGCUAGGAGCUGUGGCAGGGCUAGAGGUCUUCGUCCGGCUAUCAGACUUGCACGCGGGCUUCCCAGUACCGACCACCACAUUGCAGAAUCUAGCCACUUAUCUGCCUAUCGCGUCCGUUAUUGUGAUAGGGUGGGUUUGGCAGGCCUACGCAGUGGAGGUGAAGAAACUUGCUCCGUGGGCAUCAAUGUCCGCAGGUCCAGUACCUUCAGAUGCCUCCGUCCAGCUGGACUAUACCGGUGCAAAUCCAUUGGUAGCAAUGGCAUUAGCUAUACGCAAGCGACACUACAGCAUACUGGUUUCCACCCUAGGGACGUUGGCCGUCGCUGUGUGCUCGAUCGUCGCCGCAAGCAUCUGGGACAUAGAACCCACUCCCCGUGUCCUCCCCGCUAGUUUGCAGCGCAGUGGCACCUACAACGGUUCAUCCCUCGAGGGCACCGCGGACAUUGCUCACUCUCUCAGCCGCUACCUCGCACGGACAGUACUACAGCUCCCGACACCCUCAUGGAUAACCGAUGACUACGUGAUUUCUCCUUUCAACUCAAGUAGCAUAGAGCCAGGGAUGGUUCUUUCGGGGACGACGCAAGGCUAUAAUGCCAACCUCACGUGCGAGAAGGCCGAUGUUUCACUCUCCAACAAUGGCACGAAUGUUACGAUCACAUACGCUGGAGUGUCGCAAAUGGUGCCGUGUGAUGUGUUUGUCGACGAGCCCGGAAACUGGACAUACACUGCGGAUCCCUAUCUCUAUACGGGAAAAGUGUACAACUGGACGGUCGGGUCUAGCACCCUUGCUGUACUCCUAGCGACCCAGCUACUUCCUCCGAACAACUGCGCUUAUGCGACCGCCGUCGGCUGUGUCGCGAGCUACACGGUCAGGGACGUGGUCGUCUCUGUUGACGCUGAGACCGCAGCCUUCAACCGCACGCCACGCGCGGCGGGCACAGCCUCCAGUGUAUCAUUUCCCGGAGGUGGAUACCUUUUACAGACCAUCGACAACAACAACGGAGUGACUGGCUCGCCUUGGAACUCCGAGGCGCAAGGACACGCCGACAACGACGACCCUUUUGCCUACAUACCGUGGUCAACUUCUCCUCCUAACAUAACCGAAGUGGGAAACUACAGUCCUUGGUUCCACCUUCUCCGGCAUCUUCUCCUUCUAGACCCACAGCAGCUCAUGGAUGCCGAAGCCAUUGCACAGGGCUCGCAGAAGAUCUUUAGCGAUAUAUGGCGGAACGUCAUUCAACCAACGUCCGCAUCUGGCCUGUUUCAGGGCACGGCCGCGGUCGCGGACCAACGUCUUAGUAGCCGGGUCGGCUCUGUCAGAGCCAUCCAAGUUUGUCUUUGUGUUCUGACUGUGAUCGCCGUCUUCGUCGUCCUCUGGAGGCCGCGUGCCUGCCUUCCUCGAGACCCGUCAUCCUUGGGCUCCAUCGCCCUAAUUCUUGCGGAGAGCGAGGGCUUGGCCCGCAGACUGGAAGGCACGGGCGCCGCUAAGUCCGAUGCCUUAGACAGUCAUGUACGCGAUUCGAAAUACCAAUUGGCAGUCGACCCUAAUGGCGCAGUGGGCAUCAUGGUUAUGUCCAAUGAGACGGAUGCCGACUCUUCGGCCUCAGAAUCGUUGGUUUCACCCAACGGCUCGAAACAUCGAUUCGACUGGACACCGCCCGUAUUAUAUCCAGUAGCGAAACUCGCUUUGGCAGUCAUCGUUCUAGCCCUCAUUGCGGUCCUGGAGCUGCUAGUGCAGCUCAGUUCCAAGCGCAGCGGCCUGGUUGAUUUCAACGGACACCGUGCCCAGAGAUAUGCAUGGUCAUACGCUGGGCCGGUCAUACUCUUCCUGGUGGGUCUAGGCAUAGAGAUCUUCGACUCUGCAGUUCGAGCGAUGCACCCCUUUGUGCUCCUGCGCCGCGCUCCUCAAUCAGGCAACCGACUGACGUACGACCCGCUUCACCAAUCGGUGAUUACAUUACCUUUCCACGCGCUCCGGCAUCGACAGCCUAUGGUGCUCAUAAGCACCUUGGCUGUGCUCCUCCUGCUCGUCGCGAAGAUCGCGGUUGCUGGUCUGUUUACCAUUGAUCAGGUAACGCGCGUCACGAGUGUGCAGGUCGGCCUGAAUACCACGUUCGCCUGGAACAAUACCGCCCUCGCCGAUACCAUGGCUACAGGCAUCACCGCGCCCCUCCUUAACCCCAACAUUCCUGGCUACGAGUCGGGUGACGACAGCUACGAGGUUCCCCCACUACAGCUCAUCGUCAAUGCGGGCCUACAGACACCCAACUGGACGGCCCCCAAGAUUGCCGUGGGUGCGCUCUCCGCGGAUCCUAACUUCCAGUAUCUGCCGGCUAGUUCGAGAUUGACGGCGCGCCUUCCCGUCCUGCACAGCGACCUCGUCAACUGCACUGCUCCACCAUAUAUCAAGCGCGGCGGCAACGCUAGCACUGGUACUUUCGUCGUUCUACCGCAGAUCCCCUGUGUAGCCGACUAUGGAGGAGCGGGAACUAGCGGCUUGGACUACGUCGUCACCUUGGACGAAACCAGCUAUGCAGGCGCUGUUUUUCCUGUCCCCGGACGCAGUGAUGGUAAUGACGUACAGCUCAACUGCUCAACUAUCUUCUUUCUUUUCGUGCGCAGCGACGAUAUAAAUCUCAUUGCAUGCAACUAUACCAUGACUCAAUCUACGAUGGAGGUGGACUUGGCUAUAGACUCCCCCACGGGUUACCACGUCUUGGCGGUCAACCGAGCUUCGGAGCAAGACAUCACAACGAUUGAUGAGUUCAGCCAAAUGCCACUCAUCUUCAGUGGCUUGCCCUCACUGGACUCUAUUACCGACUUGGCCUAUACUCGCAACAACAGUGCCAACGAGGCAUUCUCCGGCGACGUACCGUAUGAACUCUUCCACAGCGGCCCGUUCGACUACCUGUUCACCGCCAUCACUGCCAACAUGUCAGACAUGGACACCCUGCUCGACCAAGACUCUCUGAUCACUGCUGUCCAGUCCCAAUGGUCGCAAUAUUUCGCGCGCCUCGCCGACUUUUACAUGCGAGUCCCUGCGGACGGGAAAACGGCAGUGUCAAGCGUCUUGGCAGCUCCGCAGCAGCGCAUCUUCAUCGAGCCCAAACCUGCACGCAUCCUGGAAGGACUACUGGCGGGGAUAUUCGUCUGUGUCGUGACGGUCUCGUUCACGCUGAAAACUACGGGCGUUCUUCCGCGUCCGCCCUACUCCAUCGCAUCGCGCAUGAGUCUUCUAGCGGGGAGCGAAUUGCUUAACCUACCAGAGCUGAAGGAACCUGACUCACAACAGGUGUCGACCAAUAUGCUCGAGAAACGGCUGCAAGGGACGUGGUUCAAGCUGGGAUGGUGGGAAGACGCUACAGAAGGAAAAGGAUUGCGGUACGGGAUUGACGUGGAUGGCGCUGAUCGUGACACGGAAGUGUUGGACGACUAUGCGCCUGGCGAUCUGCAGAGUCCGCAAGCCGAGACUUAUGAACUGCGGCCUAACCUGCCAGUGCACCAGCGGCUUGGCCGAAGCAUUUCAGAUGACAUUGAGAAGCUGGUUAGUCCCUCAGACACUGAACACCCCCUAUAACACUGUGGGCGCCGCUACUAGUACUGCCGAGUCCACGUUUGGAUCCACGA